AUGGAGGAAUGGCGCCAACUGGUCAUGAGAGAGCUGAGAGCUUGCAGUGAUAGCUUGAAUCUGGUACACUUACGCUCCGUUACCGACGCACUCACGAGCGCCCGCCCGGGCGCCAAAUUGAAUGUGAUAUACGACGAUUCUGCCAGGAUUGUGCAGGACUUCCUCGGUGAGGUGGAGAGGCUGGGGGAGCAGAUGGAUUGGGACGCUGGCGGCUUGCAGAAAGUACAGGACGCUGGACUUGCCCUGUAUCAGAAGCUUGAGGCCCUGGACAGGAGAUUGUGGCUCAGUUGCGAGGAUGUUGAAGAGACUGAUCAGGGGCUGUUGAAAACUCUGGUCCUGGAAAAGAAGCGCAUGGGGGAGAUGCUGAGAGGGACGCGCGCCUCAUAUGUUAAACUGCUGGAUAUCGUCAAGGAGCAACCACCUUAUAUCUCCCCUUCAGUGGAAGAUGUGGUGCUGGAAAUGUCAAAAGAGCAGCCAAGCCAGGUAUCCAAAGUUGGCCCCGGCGUUCCUGAGCAGGAGGAAGUCAUGCAGCAGAUGAAGGUAGAUCUGCUCGCUUUGAAGUACUUUCACUGCACCAGAUGCUUCAAAGGAGGGAGGCCCUACGAAUACUUUGCGGUCGACAUCAAGCCUCCAAAAUGCCAACAUGGCAAGGGCAUGUAUAGGAAGAAGGUGUUCGUGGUGGUCAAGGCCGGUGCACGUGGCCCAUGGAAGCUGACCAAGAUCCCGUGGACCUCAUGCGAGAGCAUUAACUUAGCAGAGGCUUACGUGAAAAAGAACAAAGACUUUGUGAUGGACGCAUACAAGUCAUGA